AUGCCGAAAGCAUUGAUUCUGAUUGCAGACGGGUCGGAGGAGAUUGAGUUUGUUACUCCUUAUGAUGUCCUGACCCGAGCCGGCUUCGAAGUCAAAUCAGCAGGCGUACAACUAAAGAACGAAGGAUACGCACACAUGACGCGAAAUAUCCGCAUCGUCCCGGACCACACGACCCUCCAAGCCGUGCCCUCGCAAAACGCCCAUGAAAACUUCGACAUUCUCAUCCUGCCCGGCGGCGGGCCUGGCGCCAAAACUUUCAGCACAUCAGACACUGUACUGGACAUGGUGGCCAAUUUCCGCAAGGCGGGUAAGUGGGUUGCUGCGAUUUGUGCGGGGACGACGGCGCUUGUGGCUGCGGAGAAGGCGCGUGGGGGUGGGACGGGGAAAGUGACGAGCCAUCCGAGCGUGACGGAAGAGGUCAAGGGGGCGGGGUGGGAGUAUAGUGAGGAGAGGGUGGUGGUGGACGGCAAGAUUGUUACUAGUCGAGGGCCCGGCACUGCGUUGCUGUUUGCGCUCACGAUUGUCGAGGUCAUUUCUGGGAAAGAGAAGAGGGAUGAGGUUGCUGGACCGAUGGUCGUUGCUGAGACGCUGUGA